CCCCGAGCCGCCGAAAUGGGUCAACGGCGACCACGAGAUGGUUCCGCCGUGUUUAGAGAUGAAGGCAAACCGCGUGGACCUGCCGCUGUCGCUGAGGAUUAUAAAGCGGAAGAAGAAGAGGUGGGAGGAAGGAGUCAGAGAGGCCGGAGAAUCGGCUUGCUGCUCCAUCAAGAAGGCCUUCUCCUCGAUGGUGUUUAUAGUCCGAGAGCUGCACAGCUACACCCUCCAAAUGAGGGAGGCCCUGUUCUAUGAGAACUUGGAGGGGAUCUUGGCGAGGGUGCAAGGGGAGAUGAACGCCUCUUUCGUGUGGCUCUUCCAGCAGAUUUUCUCUUGCACUCCUACCUUCAUGGUUUAUGUCAUGCUGCUUCUUGCAAACUUCACCGUCUACUCCAUUGGCCACAACUCGGCCUUCGCUGCGGUUUCCCCCUGUUCGCCCACGGCGGUUGAGCACGAGCACCAGCAGACGGAGAAUCAGAAUUCUAGAUUUGACGCACCAUCGAUCAAGUCAUUUAACGUUGUCGGAAGGACCGCCUCCGUUGGCGGCGGCGGCAGCGGCGGCGGAAAGGUUAAACCGGUCGCAGGAGCCACUGACGGCGAUGGUUCUCACUCUUCUUACGUCCAUAGAAUAAUUCCCGCCGAUGGGAUCUCCGCCAGUACGGGAGUCGAAGAGUCAGGAUCGGUGAUGGAGGAAGAGGAGAUGGACGCAUGGAGGAGGAUUGUUGAGGAGGCGACGAAAAUGCAGGCGAGUUCGAGAGACGAGACUCUGAUGGAUUCUGGUACGUUGCAGCAGUUGGUUUCUCCAGUGACGGUGGGGUUAGAGCCGGAGGAUCAUGCAGAUUACUCAGAGACGGAGCUCAUGUACCGUAGGGCACUGUCUCAAGAUCCCGAUAACGUCUUGCUCCUCUCCAAUUUCGCUCAGUUCCUCUUCCUCGUCCUUCAUGACCACGACAGAGCUGAGUAUUUUUUCAAGCGGGCAUCGGAGAAGAAGCCGGGGGACGCAGAGGCAUUGUGUCGGUAUGCGAUGUUCCUUUGGCAGGCGAGGGAAGAUUUGGAAGCAGCGGAGGAAGCAUACUUGGAGGCCAUUGCUGCUGAUCCCAGCAACAGUCAUUACGCGGCCAACUACGCGCAUUUCCUGUGGAAUACUGGGGGCGAGGAUACAUGCUACCCGCUCGAUGGCAGCGAUGCUUGUUAAUUUGUUACCUAACAAACCCAGAUUAUCUAUUAUAUCUAUCUAUCUCUAAUAAUAAUAAUAAGGUGCAUGUACACAGAGAACGGACGCCCAAUAGAAAAGAGUCCUUUUUUUGGAGAGCGUGAA